GGGCCUAUUACAAGUGAGCGCGGGCUCCGUCAGUGAGAGGAACCGGAGUAUGAGUGAGCGCGAGAUCCGCCAGCUAGAGAAGGCGAAAUGCAAAGCGCAGAAGGCGGGCAAUCUGAAGGAGGAGGCAGUGGUUUGCAACCAGCUGGGAGAGAUCCUGGCACGCAGUGCUCGAUUCAGAGAGGCCAUCGAGGAGCAUCGACAAGAGCUACGGAUCAGCGAGGGGUUAGGAGAUGUCAUCGGCUGCGCAGUGGCAAACCGAAAAAUUGGGGAAUGUUUUGCAGAGCUGGAGAAUUAUGAGGCUGCACUCAAGCAUCAACGGCGCCACCUGGACCUGGCACAGUCUGUGUCAUGUGAUCUUGAGGAGCAGAGAGCAUUGGCUACCAUUGGCCGCACCUACCUGUACAUGUGUGAGGCUGGACGAGCCAGUGAGGCGCACGGUCCUGCUGAAGAGGCUUUUUUAAAGAGUUUAUCCAUAGUGGAGGAGAAACUGGAGGGGAAAGUGUCGGUGGUGGAGCUCAGUGAAAUGAGAGCACGUCUGUUUCUGAACCUGGGUUUACUCUACAAUAACGGACACGACGCGGCCAAGUGCAGUUUUUACAUCAGGAAGAGCGUUUACAUUGCAGAGCAUAGCCAGCUUCAUGAAGACCUGUAUCGAGCCAACUCCACCCUGGGCAGCAUUCAUCUGCGCAACGGCGAGCACACAAAAGCAAUCCGCUACUUGGAAGCAGCUAAAGAGUGCGCCCGGAGAAUGAAGGACAAGCACAUGGAGAGUGACUCUUACUGCAGCAUUGGACAGGUAUUGCUCUGUUUGGGAGACCUCACUGCUGGAAAACGGGCUCUUAAAAAAGCUUACCGUCUGGGCUCUCAGCUUCCCUCAGACCGAGACGGUGUGCGCAGGAGUCUGAAAUACGCAAUUAAAGGUUGUCACUUGGAGGAGGCACUGUCUGACUUGGGGGAUGAAGACCAACAGGGGGCGCUGUCACUCUAUGAACAGUUAGGUGAUCUAUACUGCAAAAUUGACUGCUAUCACAAGGCUGUGGAUUACUAUAGGAUGCAGUUGCGUUGUGCAGAAUCUCUUGGUCGGCCAGAGAGAGAGAGAGCUGUCAUCCAUGUGUCUCUGGCUGCCACUUUCACAGACCUCAAAGACUACAAACAGGCUGUGAACCAUUACCAAGCGGAACUCUGCCUGAGACACGGAAACCCAAGUGAGGAAUGUAAGACGUGGUUGAACAUGGCGCAGGUACACCAGGAUGAUGGGCAGAGUUACUCUCAAGUGCACGCUUGCCUUUCUAGUGCCCUCAAGUGUGCAAGAGAGGCAGCGGACAAUCGCCUGCUGCGCAGUGUUCUUCGCCAGCUCUUAGCCCUGCAGCACAAGUUUGGAGUCGUAGAAGCAGCAGACACUGAGGCCGAGCUGCAGGAGGUGUGCAGGGGAUCUGAUGGGGAGAGCAGUGAGGAAGAUGAGAUGGAGAACAGUGAACCUUUUCAGGAGAGUGACUUGGAAUUGUCCCAGAGUGAUGAUGAGGACCUGGAAGGAUAUAAUAAACUUGUCCCUGGCAAGCGAAGACCGAAUCGAUGGAACCGACGUAAUGAGAAAGGCGAAACUGUUCUUCACCGCGCGUGUAUCGAUGGCAAUCUUAAACUAGUGCAGUGUUUGCUGGAGAAGUCCCACCCUAUUAACCCCCGCGAUUACUGUGGAUGGACUCCAUUGCAUGAGGCUUGCAACCAUGGCCACUUGGAAAUUGUACAACUUCUGCUUCAGCAUGGAGCCAACAUUAAUGACCCUGGGGGCCCAAUGUGCGAAGGAAUUACUCCUCUCCAUGAUGCCCUGUCCAGCGGGAACUUCCAUGUCGCGCAGUUACUGAUCCGCAGAGGGGCGUCUUUAACUCAGAGAAAUGCAAAGAGUGUCACUCCCAUGGGGAGCCUCCAGGAGUGGGUCCAGGUGUACGGCAAACAUCUUGACCAGGAGACACGGCACAUCUGCGCUGAAACGGAGAACUUGCUCCGGGAUGCUCUCGCUGGGAGAGUGACGCCUGUUCCCUUGGAAGCUCCCAGUUCGCUGGACAGUGAUCUGUUCGAUACAGAGGGGUCUCAGUCAACGCUUGAAACACAAUCCUCCACUGAAGCCACACAAGAAAGCACAGUGUCCAGGCGAGGGAAACUGAGAGUGGAUAAAAGGAAAUCCAUCAGCUUGCUUUCUUCAAGUCUGGAGAAUGAGAACACUGAUUGUUUGCGUGGAUCUCCUCCUCUCCGUACCAGCACCCAGGUAAACGGAGCAAAUAUUCAUCAGGAUGACCUUUCAGAACCACUUCUAACCCCCCUGAGGCCUGUCAAGAAGAAAACACGCUUUGCAAGGCAAAUGGAUUCCUCUGAUUCGGCUGGUUUGGGAGAAAUAAUUGUCGAGAAUGAGACAUUCGCUCAGACCUUCCCUUACAAAAGGGAACAAUCGCAAAUAUCCGAUGGGGGCAUUGAGGCCUAUCAGAGAGCCAUUAAAAGCUUGGGCAGCGCCAAGUCCCGCAUCCUCAGCCAGUCUUUAGAAGAGCCGGCAAGCCCUCCGCCAGUCUCGGCACCGAUGACUGCCCUGGUGCCCUCAGAGCAGUAUAUUGACGACUGGCUGGAAGAUGACUUGAAGGAGUCUCCCUGUACCCGGAAGAGAAGUCGCUGUGUGUCUCCAGGUUUGGCGAGUGAAGGGGACUCAGAUUUCCUUGAACAAGAGGAACAAACAUCUGAUGAUCCAGCCUGUGUCAGGAACAGGCUUAAUGAACGCUCUAUGUCUUUAUCGAGGAAGCGGCGGUCCCGGCAGACCAAACUGACUCAGAUUGUGGACAGAGCAGUCAUAGGACGUACUAAGAACAAAGGACCUAGUAAUUCCUCUGUCCCACGUUUACCAAACUUUGUCGGUGACCAAAUUCUUGGUCACACCACAGUGGACACCAGGGUACUUGCCACCACUCAGCUUCCUGCAGUAACGAGCCCUCCGCCGCCUGCAAUCAGAGUGCGUGUCCGCGUUAACAAUAACUUAUUCCUCAUCCCUGUUCCUCACAGUGACGGGGACACUCGGGACGUCUCAUGGUUGGCAGAACAGGCAUCACAGCGUUAUUAUCAGAGUUGCGGCCUUCUUCCUCGACUCACCUUGAAGAAAGAGGGUGCUCUGCUGGCUCCCCAGGACCUCAUCCUUCAUGUCCUACAGAGCAAUGAGGAGGUCUUUGCUGAAGUAAAUUCAUGGGAUGUGCCACCAAUUGGGGAUCGAUACAUGAAGGCAUGCCAGAGCCUUGCUGUGGUGGAAAAUCAGUUGGUUAAGAAGGCACUGGAACAGCAGGCGAUGAGCCCUAACCUGUCUCUCUGUCGCCUGUCCCUGCAUCCACGUGAUCUGUGUCCGCUUUUUCGUGCCCUCAAACUCCAGACCUCUCUUCGCCAAUUGAAUCUAAGUGGGAACAACCUUGGGGAUGGCGAGGUGAAGGAAUUACUGGCAAUGCUGAGCACUGUGCCCAGCAUCACCCAUCUUAAUCUGUCCACCAAUCGCUUGACUCACGAGGGCAUCCGGAGGCUCUGCUCAUCAGAGCACGCUACUGAAAACACGGCCUUUAAGAAUCUGGAAGUUCUGGACCUCAGCAUGAAUCCACUGACGGAUGGUCUAUCUCAGCCCCUCACGAGUCUCCUUUGCUGCUGCCCUGUACUCAGCACCUUACAUCUCCAAGCCUGCCAGCUCUCUGCCAAAUUCUUCCAGCAGUAUCGUCUCCAAAUAGCAGAGGCCUUCCGAGGAGCUGUUCAUCUAAACACCUUGUCUCUCUCUUACAACCCUCUGGGCACCACUGGGGUGGAACUUAUCCUGAAGACGUUGCCUCAUAAAACUAUCUCCGUACUGGAGAUGAAAGCUGUCACAGUGGGGAACAGAGAGGGUCUCACGAUGGACCCCUUAGUUCGGUAUCUUUCACAGGAAGGAUGCGUCUUAUCUCAUCUAAGCCUCUCAUCCAAUCGCCUGACUGAUGACUGUGUGCGUCAACUGUCCAGGUGCCUUCCAGUCUGUCCAUCUUUGACAUCAUUAGACCUCUCAGGGAAUCCUUAUGUGGGAUCUGUCGGAUUACAAUGUCUUCUGAAUGCAGUCCGGGAGCGGUCUUCUAAAAUGGAUCAUCUUAAUUUGACAGGCUGUGGGAUCCAAGGACCUAUUGACUGUUCUUCGAUGAAUGAUUUGUCGUGUGUUCUCCGUGAGCUUAGACUGGGAUCCUGCCACUUGACCAAGAGAGAGAGAGAAGUUCUGUCUCAGGCCUGGCCUCGAGAUACCUUGCUUGUAUCAAGACAGCACAAACUCUUCUUCAUGAGCCCCCAAUGACUUGUACAGUGUCUGUAUGUGACCCGGGCCAUCUUUGCAUGCUACGUUGGAACUCAAGAAGGGAAAGAAUUCUACUCCACACGUGUCCUGGGGGAGACAUUCUGCUUAUCCCAUACACUGAACAUCGGAGGUAGAUACGCUAGUUGUCUCAUGUUACCUAGAGAAGGGAACGGUGUGCGUCUUUGUGGUGACACCGUGGCUGGACUUCUGUGUUGUGUAUCUGUGAUCUGGUUUCCAGCGGAAAAAAGGACCUUGUGAACUCCAGCAUUUAAUAUUGCUCCCAGCAAGUUUUUAUGUGUAAAAAGUGUGUAUAUAUUUUAGCAGUUUUUAUAAACUAUAAUAUUAUGUUGCACUGCUGGUCUUUGAAUUAAGUAUGGUGAUAGCCAAUCAAAUUAGCUGAAACCUUGUU